GGCGUAAAUCCUGACUGACAGGAAAUAGACACCACUGUGUUUGUACAGUAUCAGCAAAGACUUGGACCAGAGGUGCAUAAAGAACUUGAUCUGCAUUAUUUUGAUAAGUUUCUGAUCUCUGGACAACACAAUGUGGAUGAUUACAAAUGUACUCCUCUGCAGCUUUGUCGUGGCUGUAGCUCCUGAUGAGGUGGCUAUAAUGCCGGACAGGCCCUAUUUGAGGGUGGAGUUAAAUGAACCAGCUACCCUGGAAUGCUGCUACUCCACCAAAGUGGAGUCACUGGAUUUCAUUUGGGCAAAACGCGUUCAAGGUCACAACUCUACCAUUGGUCCAGAAAAGGUGAUGUACACAGAUCGUGUGACAAAAACAAGAAGCAAAACUGGUGACCAGGUCUGUGGCCUCCUGAAGUUUAAGUCAGUCGAGGUCAACGACACUGCGAUGUACCAGUGUUUCCUGAACGGGAGCUCCAUCCUUUCCCAUGGCACCUACCUGCAGGUCCACGACGAGAUCUGUCUGUCUGAACUGUCUGUAUGUCCAGAACCACUGGAGAAGACAAUAAACCUCAGCGAGAUAACCAAAAACAAGAUCCUGACAGCCGAGGGAAUCCUCCUGUUACUGUGUGUGCUCCUGCCUGCAAGCACCCUUCUCUGUCAGUCAAAGAAACUCAGUGACCUGGAGAGGAAGAAAGUGAGGAGGGAAGAGGAAAACAUCUAUCAGGGGCUCAAUCUGGACGAUUGUUCUGCCGCAUAUGAUCAGAUCGAACGCUCCCAGGCUCAUGGCCCUUAUCAGGAUGUGUGCAACAUUAAAGAGGAAGAGGAGGAGAUCCAGUUGGAGAAACCUUGAAGGACAGAGGGGAAAAAAAGGGAAAAGGGAAGGAAGAAAGGGAGAGUGCUGAGUGGGCUGAAGUUUAAAUGUGUGACAUCUUCAUAUAUGGUUAAUUCUUUGCACCGCACAGUUUAAAUUUAGAGCUUUGCACAUCGCAAUUACAGCUUUAGCAUCUGCAGGAUGCUGUUUAAUUGGCUUCUUUGAACAUUCAUUUGUGACCUUGGAAACAGCAGUUGAAAAAAAAUAGUCUCGCCUCCAGGUCCAUUCGGUCAGGGCUGUAGCCAUGAAUGUUGAAACACUGAGGUCAGAAAACCAAGACACCCCUUCUCUGUAGAUUAUUUUUAAGAGACUUUUUUUCUUUGUUUGAUUCAGCUUGUAUUCUAUUUAUAUCAAAGAAUAUGCUUAUUAAAACAGUUAAAUGUGUUACUUACUCUAAAGUUAAUUGGUAUGAAACUGUCCCAAUAAAAGUCCAAAUUCAGUGUGUUUCAGCAUUUCAUAUUCCUAUGAGUACUUUCAUGACAAUGUUGGUGAACCACACUGUUCUCUGUUCGUGUUAAUAAAAUAAAAUAAUGACAAAUAAUGGUAUAUGGUUUUGAACCUCAGAUAAUACCCUCUGUUGCUGUUUUGAGCUUUUAAAAGUUAAUUCAUGAUCCUUCUCAUGUCCCGAAUGAAUCUGGUGGUGAAAUUGUUUAGUUAAUCACCUACUUUGACAUUUUGUUCAGAUUAAUUAUUGAUGAUUAUUAAUAUUGAUGAGAUUGUAUUAUUACCUCAUUAAUAUUGUAAAUAUUAAAAACGUAUGUCAACA